UUUAAAGCCUCCCGGGCAGCGGGCGCCGCGCAGGGCCAUGAGCCGCUGCAGCGGCAGCAGGAGCAGGAGCAGCGCCCCGGGCCCGCGCGUGUGAGCCCGGCCGGCCGGCCGCGAUGUCCCGCCGCAAGAUCUCGUCCGAGUCGUUCAGCUCGCUGGGCUCGGACGGGCUGGAGACGAGCCCGGAGGACGAGGGCGAGUGCCCGCUGGCCCGCCUGUGCUGGAACGGCAGCCGCAGCCCGCCCGCGCCGCCCGCCGCCCGCCGCGCCCCGCGCCGCCGCCGCCUCAACCUCGACUCGCUGGGCGAGAGCAUCAGCCGGCUCACGGCGCCCGCGCCUCAAACCAUACGGCAGACUCUCCAAAGGACGCUGCAGUAUUAUGAGCAUCAAGUGAUUGGUUACAGGGAUGCAGAAAAGAACUUUCACAAUAUAUCAAACAGAUGCUCGUAUACAGACUACUCUGGCAAUGAUGAAGCUGAAGAUGUCUCAGGAAUUCUCCAGUGUACAGCUAAUAUACUUGGUUUGAAGUUUGAAGAAAUGCAAGAAAAAUUUGGGGAGGAAUUCUUCAAUAUCUGCUUUGAUGAAAAUGAAAGAGUUCUUCGAGCUGUAGGUGGCAGCUUGCAGGACUUCUUCAAUGGUUUUGAUGCAUUGCUGGAGCAUAUUAGAACUUCAUUUGGAAGACAGGCCACUCUGGAAUCCCCUUCUUUCCUAUGCAAAGAGCUUCCUGAAGGCAAUCUUAUGCUCCAGUACUUUCACCCACAUAAUAUUGUUGGAUUUGCAAUGAUGGGGAUGAUAAAGGCGGCAGCAAAAAAGAUUUACCAUUUGGAAGUGGAAGUGGAACAAAUCACUAAUGAUAAAUUGUGCUCAGAGGGGUCAAACCCUGGCAACUGCAGCAGUCUUACUUUUCUUAUCAAGGAACGUGAAAAUGCAAAUAUCACAAAAACACUUCCACUAGGAACGUCCCAGUCCCCCUCAGACCUGAGGAUAAGCAUCAGCACCUUCUGCAGAGCUUUUCCCUUCCAUCUGAUGUUUGAUCCCAACAUGCUGGUGCUCCAGCUUGGGGAAGGUCUUAGGAAGCAGCUCAGAUGCGAUGUUCACAAAACAUUGACAUUCCAGGACUGCUUUGACAUAGUUUCUCCGAAGAUCAGUGCCACAUUUGAACGAGUCCUCCUGAGAUUAUCAACCCCAUUUGUGAUUCGGACCAAACUUGAGGCUUCUGGCUCUGAAAAUAAAGAUAAGGUGAUGGAAAUCAAAGGCCAAAUGAUCCACGUGCCUGAAUCAAAUUCCAUUUUGUUUUUGGGUUCCCCUUGUGUGGACAAGCUAGAUGAACUGAUGGGCCGAGGCCUCCAUCUUUCAGACAUACCUAUCCACGAUGCUACCCGUGAUGUUAUACUGGUUGGGGAGCAGGCAAAGGCCCAAGAUGGCUUGAAAAAACGAAUGGAUAAAUUGAAGGCAACAUUAGAAUGUACACACCAAGCUCUGGAAGAGGAAAAAAAGAGGACAGUAGAUCUUCUGAUUUCAAUUUUCCCAGAAAAUGUGGCUCAACAAUUAUGGCAGGGGCAGCAAGUUCAGGCCAGGAAGUUUGAUGAUGUCACCAUGCUCUUUUCAGACAUUGUUGGCUUUACAGCUAUCUGUGCCCAGUGCACACCCAUGCAGGUGAUCAGCAUGUUGAAUGAGCUCUAUACUCGAUUCGACCAUCAGUGUGGAUUCCUCGAUAUCUACAAGGUGGAAACAAUAGGUGAUGCGUACUGUGUCGCAGCAGGGCUCCAUAAAAAGAGCCUUAGCCAUGCUAAAGCCAUUGCCCUGAUGGCUCUGAAGAUGAUGGAACUUUCAGAAGAGGUUCUUACUCCAGAUGGGAGCCCUAUUAAGAUGAGAAUAGGCAUUCACUCAGGAUCAGUUCUGGCUGGAGUUGUUGGGGUUAGAAUGCCACGUUAUUGUCUCUUUGGAAACAACGUCACGCUUGCGAGCAAGUUUGAGUCAGGAAGUCAUCCACGACGCAUCAAUGUCAGUCCAACCACAUACCAGCUUCUGAAAAAAGAAGAAAAUUUUAUCUUUAUUCCUCGGUCCCGUGAUGAGCUUCCAGAUAACUUUCCAAAGGAAAUUCCUGGGAUCUGUUACUUCCUGGAGGUCAGAAGUGGUCAGAAGCAGCCAAAGCCUUCCAUCACAUCUGCCAGAGUGAGAAAGGUUUCUUACAACAUUGGCACUAUGUUCCUUCGGGAGACUAGCCUAUGAGGCCUGCUGCAGAUCAAAGACUCGUCAAAAAAGCACAAGCCCAGAACUGGGUCAUGACAGGAGAGUUGGAGAUUCUUUCUGUUUCACUGCCUUGUUCUGAACAAGCAGGAAAAGCUUGGUGUAAUGUGAGGCAAUAAUUAUUUUAAAAGGUGGGUGACUGCUGUCAUUAAACAACCUGGAAAGAGGGAAAAAAAGAAACAAAAUACUUCCAUUUCCUGAGGAAUUAUUGAUCAUAAAUUUAAAUCUGGCCCCUAACAAAAAACCACACACAUACUCAAACCAAAAUGAAUAUUCGAGCUUGAUUUUUUUCUCUACAGAAAUAGGAGGUGGUUCUCUGUAGAUUUGCACCAGCUAAGCAGAAUUCAGAGUCAGUUCUGAUUAUGCAUUCCUACAUUUAAUGUGUUAUUCAGUAAGGUAACAGUGUUUUUUAACUUUAUGAACAAACAUUUCAUACAUAUACUGUAGAGUUGCUGUAACCUUCCUGACAGGAGGAAUUAUAAUUCAGUACAAUAUUGUAGGGAUUUUACCUAUUUUUAUACAUAUUUCACUUUCUGAACAAUUACAUUCAACACACUGUAAAAUGAGUGAGCUUAGUCAGCUUUUCAGAAUAAUCUAUUGUAUAUUUCAUGUACUCUAUCAGAGCGUAUUGUUAUACACAUGGUAAGAAGUCAUUUUUUGACUUUUGGCAACAAAGAUACCAAUAUUUUGCAAAAGAAAAAAUAAUACUUUGGUAAAUUUCCGUCCCCGAUAUGCAAGUUUUAGAUGAGCACUGUCUUACAUAUAUGAAUGAUGUUUGAUCUUUGUCCUACUAGUGAUGUGCGUCCAAUCUUUUCAGGACAAUGAAAACCAAGGCUAAAAGGUCAAUGUCUUGAUCAAUAGAAAAAGGACUCUUGCACACGAUGGACCAUAUCUCAUACCAUCAGGUUUUAUAUAGAAGUAACCAGUGGAGUCUUUUAUUUAAAAGCUGCUGGUAUGUUGUAGCAUAUUAACAAAAACUCUCCAAAACACAUUUGAAAAUCUACAGAUGGGGUUUUUUAUUCACUUUUAAUAGGGCUUGUAUUCAUAAGCCACUUAAGAGGUUUUGAAAAUCCCAUACAUUAUUACUGAUAUUACUCUGGCAAUUAAAUCUGUUGCUGGAAUGCUGAAGUGGCUGAAAUGCCCUUGCUUUAUCUAGUGUAGAAUAAACAAAAGACACUUUUUAGCCAGAAGAAAAGAAAUAAAAAAGGAAAAAUUCUUACCUAAGCGUAAUGCAAAUAAUUUUUCAAAAUUCAGAUUAAUCAAGGUCUAUCAAAAUUAAAGACCAAUUCUCAUCUGGUGAAAAUCGACAUCUCUUUAUUUUCUUCAGUGGAUUUAUGCCAGUUUGCAACUGAUGAGGAUCUGCUCUUAACAAGACCACAGCUUCAGAUAGAUUUUAUUUCUCUGGUUUCACCCUUUUCCUUGGGUUUCCUUUUCUAUCAGCAAAGACUGUACAAUUACUUAUGCAAUUCCUAACCCGGAGGGGGGUCAUACCCACUUAGACCAACAUAGUUCUACUCUUAUGGAAAAGAGUUUAUUAGCUGAUGUUUGUCCAGUGCUUCUGGAGAGAUAUAGCUCUAUAUGGACGAGAUCCAAAGUCUACUACAAUCAGAGAAAAGACUCAGUUUUACUGGGAGCUUGCUGAAUGUUUUCCUCUUUUUAAAAAUCAGAUCAGUUAUUUGGGUGCUUAUGUAUGGACUUUAGGUCCUAACUGAAAGUUCCCAUUAUAACAACCCCGCCCCCAACCAAAACAUAAAUAUGGUCUUUUGGCCAAAUUAUCUUGUUAAAUUUUGCUGGAAGGACAUGUAAAAACUGAAAACUGACUCCUUUGACCAACAUGUUGUGGUAGGAUUCAAUGAGUCAGCACAUUGUCACCCCCGACUCUGCAGAACAUAUAGAGUCUGCAGUUUCUGGUAAGGAUGACUAGGUGAAGAAGAGCUAAUUUUGUGGAUUUUCUUUAUGUGAGAUGCACCUGAUUUUGUUAUGAGAGUCUCUCGCUGCCUUAGAAGAAAAGGGGCCUGGGAACUAGCACUAAGAAUUGUUUAAAUGUGAAUGUCCCAGCCUUCUGGAAGUACACUAAGCUUACUGGUUUCUCCCAUGAAUCUCAGAGCAUUCUUAGGUUCAGAGGUUCAGAUGUCUGUCUUCCAUCCACUGUGCUGGGAAGUAAUUGCAAGCUUUUUGCCAUUCUUCCCAUUCAAAGGUUAGCUUGGUGAAAACCCUUUUGUUUAAGGCUGCAGAGUUUUCACACAAAUUGCAGAUACCCCAUGGCUUUCUACAUAGGAGUGGAUACUUUAGCUUAUAGUCAUCAGUUUACACAUGUACAGUAUGUAAAGUACAUUCAUUUUUCAGUGAAAAUUAAUGAUGUAUAGUAGAGCUGCAGAUGAAGACAUGGUCCAAUUUACCUACCCCACUUCCAGUCCAGUACGGCUGAGGCUGUGCUGUUGCUGCCUAAUCCAAACAAUUAUAGCAGCCAGUCAUAUGUAUGUAUUGAAUUCCUAACCUCUGAAGACAUUACAUAGAGUGGCAUACCUUCACUCUACAGUAGUUUGAUCUAAAGUUAUCUUAUCCCACUGGCCACAUCUACAUGAAUUGUUGACUGCACAGUAGCCCACAACUACUGUGCAGUAGCAUCACAUGGCAGCAACUAUGAUAUGAUAAUACUGCACAGUAGUCUCGGGCAGUUGUUGCCAUGUGGCACUACUGCACAGUAGUGUUAGGCUACUGAGUAGUCGGCAUUACAGAAAACCUGUGCAUCAACACUACUUAGGUUACUGCGCAGUCAUUUAGUACUUUUUUAUACAGUAUCUGCUGUCUUGUGUAUAAAUGAGUACUAAAUGACUGUGCAGUAAUGACUAUGCAGUCAGCAUCUCGUGUAGAUGCGGCCAUUAUCUCCCUUGCAAUGCACAGUUCUUAGUUUAUUUGAUCAUAGUAUUUCUACUGAAAAGAUAUAUGGGUAGGUAACUUUGGAGAUCAGUGCAAAAACUCAGAAUUGUUGCUAGCAUCACCAAAUAAAUUAGCCAGCUCUCCAAAUCAGCGCAGAUUCACUGUACAAGAAUAUACAGGCUCCACUUUUAUUUAAGUUUCCAUAAAGUUGCCAUGCUCAAAAUAUCAGUAGUUAUGCAAAGUGAGCAUUGUUUAUUUGUGCAAUGGUGUGUAAACUUGAUUUAAAAAAACUGCUGUCCCUAGGAAAAAUUCCCUGGCUCCAUGUGAGAGAAAAGUAUAAACAUGUUUUCAACACUAUUAAACUUAUUAUUUGUACCUGCUGUAAUCAUGCAAGUAUAUUGUUGACUCAUCUAUACAGUGAAGGAAUUUUUUUAGCCAGAGAAGUGGUGUGAAUACAGCAGGAUUCGAGUAAGAUAUUAGAUUUCUCCAAUGAUGGCUUCUGUUGGUAAAAGAAAAACCCUUCUCUGCAUUCUGUGUGUGAACGAUUUUCCCUGCAGGAGUUGACUUUGGGUUCCCAGACUGCAUAUGCAAGGGGUAGCUGGAAAAGAGUGUAUUUCUGUGCAUUGAUUAAAUAAGCGCAGAAUUCAAAUAUUGGUUUUGGAACUUCCCUUCUACCUGUACAGUAAAUGUUCUUUGCAUGGACAGGGACUAGGAGUUGUGUAACAAUUACUUUCCUUAACUAUAAGUAGCAGUAUCUGCUGUCUUGAGCUUCCACAAAGACAAAAUCCAUCCUCCUUGAAGGUGCUGCAUACAGAGAAAUGUAAGGGAAAGGCUAUAUAGGCCAUUAGAAUACACAUGACACAAACUGGCAGUACUGGCUUUCCCUCUGCUUCAGAACAGGGGACAUUGGGGUAAAGACAACAAAUUUACUACAUGAGAGGAAUCAUCACAAAGGCUAAAUAAUCAUGAGGGAGUUGGAUUUUUCCUUCCAUUUGAACCUCCCAAUAGCUCAUGCUCUUCAGUGAAAUUACAUGGACAGAGUCCAAGAACUGGGCCAUAAGGCAAGAAGAAAAUAGUAGUAGAGAAAGUAGAAUGUUUGCAAAAGUUAGAUUCCCAGUCCCUGUAGUGAUAGCUGCCAUACAUAGCCACAGGCUCUGACAUCAGAGAAUUAUUGCUGUGUCAGGACUCUGGAUCCAGGUGUGCAGCCACAUACAUUCCCCAGGGGACAAGCAGUAGCAGCACACAUAUUGUGCCACUGCUGUUUGUCCCUGGGAAAUGCCUGUGCAUAUGUGCUCUGGUGUGUGGCAGGUUGCUUUGGGGGGGGAGGGGAGGCUGGGACCAGCACUUGGCCUGGCCCCAGCAGCCUUACCUGGGAUCCUGGGGGCCUCCCAGUUCUCCAGCACUGGUGAUCUGGCAGCAGGGAGCCUGGCCAGCAGCUGGAGCAUGGCUUCAGUCAACCAGGCUCCAAUUUUGGGUGGUUUACGCUACAGCCACAUGUAUCACCUCUCUCCCUCCCCCUCCCCUCCCCCCCAGCUUUUUUUCCACUGUGGGUUUUUUUGACACCAGGAUCUCGUGGUGUCAAAAAAAUCCCCCGUGCUACAAAUUAUCAGCAUGGGGAAUAUCUGUGGCACUGCAUACUGCACAUUCACACUCUUCUGGAUGUGCUCUAAGAGUGUGAUUGUCCUGCAGGGACCCACAACCUUCUGCCUUGUGUAGUUCCCUAGGAGUCUGCAGGAAUUAAUGAUAGUAGCUAUUCUGGGUUCACUGCUUAUUACCACAUCCAUUUUCAGAGCAGAAUGUUUGCUUGGAAAGGCAUGCUGGAGCCUGGAAACAGGCAUUUACAAACAAAAAUGAAAGCUUUUAUAACCUAUAAAAUCUGCAGUGGGAAUUGUCUGUUCAGAGGAAGAGAUCCAGUCCUACAGCAGUUAGUGUGUGUUUGUGAUAUACAAUUCUCCUGGCACACCGAAACAGUUACUGUGUGUGUCCUGCAGUAACAUUGUUUGUGCCUGAAACGUCUCCAUUUUUCAAAACAUCCCUGUGCUUUAUAUGUGUGUAACACACGUGCAUGAGAAUAUAUUAAGGGUGACAUAAAUCUAUUCCCAAGUUACUUCAUAGGACAGACAGUACAGUAUCAUGAGGUCACAUACACUUGAAAAGUUUUGUGGUGUCCCAUUGGGACCCGUUAUGCUAACUUAACUUCGUAGAUUUCUUCCUCUGAACAGGUAAUUCCCCUGGCAGAAUUUUAAGAUAGUAAAGCUAUAUUGAACUACAUACAAAUAUCAAAUCUGUAUAAGUUCUCCAUGCAUGUAUCACUGCUAUGCUGCUCUGAAAUUCUUCCAAUUCCAAACUGUUGCAUUUACUACAUGCAGCCAGCCAAGUUGCUGGUCCUAAAUAUUCUCAUUGUUCCUGUUGUGUUGUUGUUGUCCUGGACUUUUGCAACUAUUUCGUUCUUGAAAUAGAAAAGAGGGAGAAAUUUUCUAUUGAUUAGCCAUAAAACAGAUAAUAUAAAAAGAUCAAUUCCCUUGAGAUACACUAUGAGUAGGUACAGACAGUCUAAAAGCCCAAGGUGGAAUCGCUCUAAGGAACAUGGUUUUCUGUAAGCAGCAUAAUUUAGAUUGAGCACAGACAGAAGUGCAGCUCCCUGCUGUAACUGAGAGCACUUUGCAGGAAGUGUCCUGAAUUACAGUGAUCUUCUGGAACAAACAGAAGUUCACUGUUGGUUCCAGGGGGGAGAGGAAUCUAGCUACUGGCUGGGAGCCUGCAGCUGGUUUCCCCUAGCAAUAGCCUCUCCUCAUUGCAUGAGGGGUCAGAUGAAGUAUUUUAAAACAUAACAUCUUCUGCAACUUCUGUCUAUCUGCACCGCCUGCCAGCCUGUUGCUGUUUUCCAGAAUGAGAGGGGAGAACAGGAGGAGAAGGAACUCAUUGUAGGGGUUCCCCACCUUGGGGAGGAAGGGGGAGAGGGAGGGAGCUCCAAUAUACCUUCCCCACCCUCAAUUGCAGGAUGAAAAACCUCCAGACUGAACUCCCUCCUCUCCCUUUCCCUCCUGUUAUUUUGAAAACAGCAACAGGAUGGCAGGCAGUGCAGACAGAAGUUACAGAAAAUGUUAUGUUUUGAAACGUCUUCAUCUGACCCCUCAUGCAAUGAGGGUUCAGAUUUUCACCUGAUUGGCCAGCAGUCUGAAGCCAUGCACUUGUGUUUGGUCACAGCUAUAGACCGCUUUGUGGCCAGAUUUGGAAAAAAUUGUCACUUCUGUCUGCGCCCCACAGAUCAUGCAAGAAAUCCAAUUAAACAAUGUGAAUGGGGGAAGCUUGAUAAUUCAGCAAUAGGAUGCAGAACUUUCACAUCUGUAAUCACGCAUAGGUUUGCCUGCAGUCUGAGUUAGUAUCAUGGGGUCAUUGUAGUUGGUUAGGGUCCUUUGGAGAAAUGACUUGAGUUAUCUAUGUCUCAUCAGCGUGGAUGAGAAUUUACACUACAAAUAAAGUAAGCAACACAAAACAACACUUGUUAGUAGUCUCAGUAGAAAGUCCAAGGGUUUCCAUGUGGACAGAGGCUAAACCAGCUUGUUACUCCGGGAAUUUGUUCUCUAUGGGCACCUAUACAUGUGAUGGAUGUCUGCUCUGAUGCAUGCUAAGUAGCACGCAUCAGAGCAGACUAGCACACUCCAGCAGCCUCCGUAUCAUGUGUAUUUAGUGUCCCUGUAUUUCAAAAUGGUGGAGGUCAUGCUUUAACUAAAGCUUAUCAAAUGAGCUUUAGUUAAAGUUCCCCUGCCACCAUUUUGAAGUGCAGGAUGCUGAAUACAUGUGAUGCUGUUGACACUUUAAUUAGAGCAGCACUUAGAGCCUCUCUAAUUAAAGCACCCCUGCUCUGCCCUGCAGCACGUUUAUAGAUGCCCUAUGACUAGAAACAGAAUAUGGGAAACUUGUCCUUUUUUCUGGACAAAGAGAAGAGUUAAGUUUUCUUGAGAAAAGAUUUUCUUCAGUUUCCUGAAGAAGGAGGGAAAAAAGAAAGAGAAAAGAGUUUAUAUUUGAAAAAAAGUGUUAAGACACUAUAUGCAUAUUCUCUCCAUAGAGCUCAGAAAUUGAACUUACAGUAAACAAUAUUCAGGGCACUUUUCCAGCCAUAAUGAUGCAUCUUAACCUUUUCAUCCAUGCUGCUCCUCAUAAAAUUGCAUUGCUAAGAGUAAAACAAAGGAAGAUAAACAACUGGAAGAUGCAUAAACGUAUCUUGGGGCAAAUGCAGUUAUAAUAUGGGACGGAGCCACAGCAGUUUUCAGGGAUGGGGGCUUUUGCAAUUUUGGAGAUAGUGAUUACAUAUCAGUCUCUUCCUUCUGGUGUCUUCAACCUUUAUAGAGGAUGCCAGGGCUGCCCAAUAACAAGAGUUCUUAAAUGUAUCUGUUAAGGCUACAAAUUAGCAAGUGCUUGAACACAUGCUGGCGAUCUAGGGACUGACCCAUCUUCAUAGAAUGCACGAUUUUUAUGCAACCCUUUUCUGAAGUACUUCCAAACUGUGAUUAAAUAUCAUUAUCAGAUGCAUCUGUAAUAAGAGAUGUUAAUAAAUUGUAUAAGCUG